AAAGCGGCGCAAAAGACACGAACGCGAGCCCGUGAAGCAGCCCAAAUUCGGCGCGGCGUCACGACUCCAGCCCUACACGCGAACCGCGCCGCGAGCCGCGCUCUUGAGCCGGCCUGUCGCGCCGGGCAACCACCCUCAGCGGCGACUGCGCCUUAAAAACAAGCCGCGCGGGGCGCAUCCGUCGACGCCGCGGUCACCAUGAGCGCCAGUGGUGUCGUGUGGCGGCAGCCGCGCAGCGGCGGCUCUGUUAAUGCUACAAAAUUCCGCCAGACGUGGAAGCCGUACGUGUCCGAAGGCGAGGCGCUCCAAAACCUCUACAUAACCAACACGGGCGACAGGAUUGGCGCCUUCCGUACGAGAAGUCGCUCGGGCGGUUUUUUUGGCCGCGAAACUUUCUGGGCCGAGCUCGAGAACACGGGGGACAACCUCGGGCUCCUGCUCGAUGCCUUGAUGUCAGCGGAGCGGGUCGAGGAUGCGGCGAACUUGGAGUUAGAUGACGCCAUGCAGGACCUGGAGAACGACGACGGCGACGGCUUGGACGCGGAGCGCGUCAAGGCCUAUGAAAAGAAGCUCCUCGUCGGCCUCGACGAGGACGACUCGGAGCCCGAGCUGUCGGAGAUCAGAAAAGCGUGUAUCCUCGAGUCCUAUAAGGAUGUGGGAGAGAUAAAAAAAAAGUGUGAGGAGUUCGCGGAGAAGUUGUUCGGGCCGGAAAGGAAACACGUGCUCGUCCCGAACGAGAAGCUCGCGCACUUUCUCUGGCUCGGAAAUUACCCCGACUGGUGCGACGAGAUCAUGAGGACCUUUAGAUCGUACUCGCACCGGCGCCUCAACGGCCGCCUCCUCGCGCACGUGCGCAAGUUCCUCAAAAAGGAAGGUCGUCUACGGUGCAGAAUCCCAACUUUGGUUCCUUCCAGUACGAGUUUCCAUGAUCUUAGAACGUUCAAGGUUCUUGUUGUUAUUGGUCGAUUCCUCCACAGGUCGCCUGGAAAGUAUGCUGCGAAACGCGUACCCCGACCUCAACGGCGACGAAAUCAAGAUAUUGCUCAAGCAGGAGAAGAAGAAGAAGAAGAAGGGCGAGAAGGGCAAGAAGAGCCCGUCCCUCAUCCACAUCGACCACUUCCUCGCCCAGCUCUCGGACUGCACCUUCAACUUCGUCGUCAUGCUCAAUUUCGCCAACAUCCUCUUCGGCGCCACGAACCGGUUCUUAGCCAAGAACUUGUACGUGGGCCGGGACGUGGCCAAACAGAUCCGCGAGGUCGCGGUCGAGACGCUCAACGGCGUCCGCGCGGUCAAGGCGGCCUACGACUAGGCGUCUCUUCUAAGUUUCUACUCCGACUAGUCCCUAGCUCCGCGCGCCACCGGUGCGCAUCGAUAGCGCCCGACCGCUCCCAUCCGAAGAUGAUCGCGUGCUGUUCAUUUAUUGGAGCGGCACUGCC